AUGUGUUUUCAUCUUAUUUUACAAGUCACCAUGCAGCCAGAAGUCAACUUGACAGUUCAAGAUGAGAUACAUAAUAUCAACGGCAAUGCAUAUCGGACUCUUCCUUACCCAGCAAGUUUUCAGGCAUCUCUUACUGGAUUAUUCAUACUAGAAAUUGUAUUAGGACUCAGCAGUAACUUGACAGUAUUGGUACUUUACUGCAUGAAGUCAAACUUGAUUAAUUCAGUCAGUAAUAUAAUCACUAUGAACUUGCACAUACUGGAUGUUGUUAUAUGUGUUGGAUGCAUUCCUCUUACAAUAAUUGUCACUCUUGUUUCACUGGAAAGCAAAACAGCUUUGAUCUGCAAUUUUCACGAAGCCUGUAUUUCUUUUGCUAGUGUAGCAACUGCAGUAAAUGUUCUGGCAAUCACACUGGAUCGUUAUGACAUUUCAGUAAAGCCAGCUAAUCGGAUUUUGACCAUGGGAAGAGCCAUAACUUUACUAACAUUAGUGUGGAUUGUAUCCUUUUGUGCUUUUACAAUUCCUUUUAUUGAAAUCAGUUUUGCUAAUCUACAAAGCAAUGAAAACACCUGGCAAAAUAAUACACACUUUUGCAUUGGUGUAAAUGUAUACCACAAUGAACUGGGAAUAUAUUACCAUCUUCUAAUUCAGAUUCCCAUCUUUAUUUUCACUGCUGUUGUAAUGUUGAUAACAUAUAGCAAAAUACUUCAAGCCUUGAACAUCAGAAUAGGCUCACGAUUUUCAACUAGACAGAAAAAAACAAAAGGAAAAAAGACCAUGCCACUGACUAUACACCAUGAAACUACUGCCCAACCAGAAAGUAACAGAGGACACAAUGCAAUACUGGGAGUAAGAACUUCUGUCUCGGUAAUAAUUGCCCUGAGAAGAGCUGUUAGACGCCAUCGUGAAAGGCGAGAACGACAAAAAAGGGUUUUCCGAAUGUCCCUCUUAAUUAUUUUAACUUUUCUUAUUUGCUGGACGCCUAUAUCAAUUUUUAAUAUUGUCAUAUUAUAUAAAGGUCUAGAUGAUGUAAUGGUAAAAUUAAGACUGUGCUUUCUAAUAAUGGCUUAUGGAACAACUAUAUUCCAUCCUCUACUAUAUGCCUUCGCAAGGCAAAAAUUCCAAAAGGUCCUCAAAACCAAAAUGAAAAAAAAAGUAGUCUCAAUUAUUGAGGCUGAUGGCAACCGCAACAAUCCAAUAAUCCACAGCUCCUGGUCAGAUCACAAAAGAAACAAAAGGUAA